GGACCGGGUCUGCACGAGGACCAUGGGCGCGGCGCUGGGCACCUGCGCGCGACCGGCCCUCCUGCCCCGCGGGGCCCGCGGCGCCUGGGCCCUCGGGGUGCCCCCCGCGCCCACCCGCCGGUGCCACUCGACGCCCGGCCGCCCGCGCCCCGUGCCCAUGAAGAAGCGCGGGUACGACGUGACCCGGAACCCGCAUCUCAACAAGGGCAUGGCCUUUACACUUGAAGAAAGACUACAGCUUGGAAUCCAUGGCCUAAUCCCCCCCUGCUUCCUAAGCCAGGAUGUCCAGGUCCUCCGCAUCAUGAGAUAUUAUGAGCAGCAGAAGAGCGACCUGGACAAGUACAUCAUUCUCAUGACCCUCCAAGACCGAAACGAGAAGCUCUUCUACCGAGUGCUGACGUCAGACGUGGAGAAAUUCAUGCCCAUCGUGUACACGCCCACCGUGGGGCUGGCCUGUCAGCACUAUGGCCUGACCUUCCGCAGGCCCCGCGGGCUGUUUAUCACCAUCCACGACAAGGGCCACAUUGCAACAAUGCUAAACUCUUGGCCAGAAGAUGACAUUAAGGCCGUGGUGGUUACUGAUGGGGAACGCAUCCUGGGCUUGGGAGACCUGGGCUGCUAUGGCAUGGGCAUCCCAGUGGGCAAGCUGGCCCUGUAUACCGCCUGUGGAGGAGUGAACCCACAGCAGUGCCUCCCUGUCCUGCUGGAUGUUGGCACCAACAAUGAGGAGCUGCUCAGAGACCCUCUAUACAUUGGCCUGAAACACCAGCGCGUGCGCGGGAAGGAUUAUGAUGAGCUGUUGGACGAGUUCAUGCAGGCCGUGACAGAUAAGUUUGGAAUAAAUUGCCUCAUCCAGUUUGAAGACUUUGCCAACGCCAAUGCCUUCCGCCUGCUCAACAAAUACCGCAACAAGUACUGCAUGUUCAAUGAUGACAUCCAAGGCACAGCUUCUGUGGCAGUGGCGGGGAUCCUGGCCGCUCUGCGAAUCACCAAGAACAAACUCUCUAAUCAUGUGUUUGUUUUCCAAGGUGCAGGUGAGGCAGCCAUGGGCAUUGCCCACCUUCUUGUCAUGGCCCUAGAGAAAGAAGGUGUACCCAAGGCAGAGGCCACAAAGAAGAUCUGGAUGGUGGACUCCAAGGGGCUCAUUGUGAAGGGGAGGAGCCACCUGAACCACGAGAAGGAGAUGUUUGCCCAGGACCAUCCUGAAGUGAAGUCCCUGGAGGAGGUGGUGAGACUGGUGAAGCCCACAGCCAUCAUAGGUGUUGCCGCCAUGGCGGGCGCCUUCACGGAGCGGAUUCUGAGGGACAUGGCCUCCUUCCACGAGCGCCCCAUCAUCUUUGCUCUCAGCAACCCCACCAGCAAGGCCGAGUGCACUGCGGAGAAGUGCUACCAGGUCACCGAGGGCCGGGGCAUCUUUGCCAGCGGAAGCCCUUUCAAGAGCGUGACCCUGAGUGACGGCCGGACCUUCAUCCCUGGGCAGGGCAACAACGCCUAUGUGUUCCCCGGAGUGGCACUGGGAGUCAUCGCAGGCGGGAUCCGCCACAUCCCCGAGGAGAUCUUCCUCCUGACCGCAGAGCAAAUUGCCCAGGAGGUCUCUGAGCAGCAUCUGUCCCAGGGGAGACUGUAUCCACCACUCGGGACCAUUCGAGAUGUGUCUCUGAGAAUCGCCGUCAAAGUCAUCGACUUCGCGUACAAACACAACCUGGCCUCCUACUACCCGGAGCCCCAAGACAAGGAAGCUUUUGUAAGAUCUCUGGUCUACACUCCAGACUAUGACUCCUUUACACUGGACAGCUACUCUUGGCCCAAGGAAGCCAUGAAUGUCCAGACAGUCUGAUGCAGCCUCGGGGGCUGGUGUGGGACUGAAUGAAGCCCCAGUAACGCUGGAACUAUAAAUGAUUUCCCAAAUGACAUCCUUGUCACUGUCUUUUUCCUUUGAACUCUCUGGUGUGAAGGGCGAUGCCCAGGCACAC